UCCUCAGCGCUAGCUGGGGCAGGAGCCCAGGGGUGGGGCUGAUGGGUGGGGCCACCUGGAGGAAGAGCUGAGGGAAGUGAGAGACUGAGCCGGGGCUAGAGGAGCCUGAAAAGCUAAAGUAGGAGGAAGCAGAGCUGCGCGGAACAGAUCCAGAAACAGCAUGUACUCACCCAUCCCCCAGAGCAGCUCUCCGUUCCCACCGACCGUGAAGCUCCCUGGCCUGCACAUAUGGAGGGUGGAGAAGCUGAAGCCAGUGCCGGUGGCCCCUGAGAACUAUGGCAUUUUCUUCUCGGGAGACUCCUACCUGGUGCUGCAUAAUGGCCCAGAAGAGCUCUCCCACCUGCACCUGUGGAUCGGCCAGCAGUCAUCCCGGGACGAGCAGGGGGCCUGCGCCAUGCUGGCUGUGCACCUCAACACCCUGCUUGGAGAGCGGCCCGUGCAGCACCGAGAGUCACAGGGCAAUGAGUCUGACCUCUUCAUGAGCUACUUCCCCCGCGGCCUCAAGUACCAGGAAGGCGGCGUGGAGUCGGCGUUUCACAAGACCUCCCCGGGAACCGCCCCGGCCGCCGUCAAGAAACUCUACCAGGUGAAGGGCAAGAAGAACAUUCGUGCCACCGAGCGGGUGCUGAGCUGGGACAGUUUCAACACCGGGGACUGCUUCAUCCUGGACCUGGGCCAGAACAUCUUUGCCUGGUGUGGUGCAAAGUCCAACAUACUGGAGCGGAACAAGGCACGGGACCUGGCGCUGGCCAUCCGGGACAGCGAGCGGCAGGGCAAGGCCCACGUGGAGAUCAUCACCGAUGGGGAGGAGCCUGCCGACAUGAUCCAGGUCUUGGGUCCCAAACCCUCUCUGAAGGAGGGUAACCCUGAGGAAGACCUCACAGCUGACCGGACAAAUGCACAGGCCGCAGCUCUGUAUAAGGUCUCUGACGCCACUGGACAGAUGAACCUGACCAAGCUGGCCGAUUCCAGCCCCUUCGCCCUUGAGCUGCUGAUACCUGACGACUGCUUUGUGCUGGACAACGGACUCUGUGGCAAGAUCUACAUCUGGAAGGGGCGCAAAGCUAAUGAGAAGGAGCGGCAGGCGGCCCUCCAAGUGGCCGAGGACUUUAUCACCCGCAUGCGGUACGCCCCAAACACUCAGGUGGAGAUUCUGCCCCAGGGCCGCGAGAGUGCCAUCUUCAAGCAAUUCUUCAAGGACUGGAAGUGAGGGCGGGCGUCUCCCUGCCCCUACCUCCUACUCACUUGCUCCUCCUCUGGCCUCCUGUGCUGAGGUGCCCCUGCCCAUGGUCAAUAAAGGAGACCAGUGCUUUUCUUGCUCUUUGGCUGCA